AUUUAACAUUUUCAAUAGUCGCGAGUGAAACAUUGUGCAUAGGUUUUAUCGUGGAUAUAGAUCGCGAUAAAGUGAUAAGUUAUACUUAUUUUUGCGAGCGCAAUCGGUACAAGAUGCUGAAUCUCAUACUAAUGUGAAUGUGCACCCGGUAAGGGCAUAGGAGGGCGUAACGUAACUCCGAAAUACGAAUUUAAGCUAUAAAGAUAAAAAAAGAUGGCAGAAAAGCAGAACAAUAAUGCUGACAAUUCUUCGGAAAAGGAAACAAGCACAAAUCGAGAAAUAAAAGGAAAUAUGUAUCAGAAACCACUUGACCUCGACGAUGUAUUGACAAAUGAAUUGGGGCAGUUCGGGUGGUUUCAGAUACGGAAUAUACUGCUGGUAGCUUACCCCAUCGCGAUCUGCGGGCUGAUGGCCGAAUACGUAUUCUCCGCAGCAGCUAUACCGCACAGAUGUCGAAUACCAGAAUGCGGUGAAGAUGGCAAGUCACACGAAUUUGCUCCAGCGUGGAUCACAAAUACGAUUCCAGAGAGUGGUUCAGGGUUUGCCAGCUGUGAGAGAUUCGCUCCUCGAGACGCAGGCAGUAACGGGACCUUGGAUUACUGUCCCGAUGAUCUGUUUGAUCGGUCCAAAACUGUUGAGUGUGAUAGUUUUGUAUAUGCUCGAGAUAACACAGUUGUAUAUGAGUUCGACCUCGGCUGCAAGGAGUGGCUGCGCGUGCUGGCCGGCACGCUGUACAGCGUGGGCACGCUGCUGGUGCUGCCCGUCACCGGCUUCGUGUCCGACCGCUACGGCCGCCGGCUCGCGCUCGUCAUCAGCAUCUUCAACCUGGGCCUGUUCGGCUUCAUCAGAGCCUUCUCCGUCAACUACACCAUGUAUGUGACGCUGCAAAUCCUGCAGACCACGUUCGGUGCCGGUGCCUAUAGCUGCGCGUACAUUUUUGCCGCUGAGCUCGUCGGACCCAAGUACCGAGUGUUUACGAGCGCCACUUCAUCCUCCAUCUUCGCCGUGGGCCAGGUGCUACUCGGCAGCAUUGCCUGGGUGCUCCCGGCGUGGAGGCAUAUGAUCAUGGCAGUCAACGCCCCCUGCUUCAUCAUCGUUGCGUACUACUGGUUAUUGUCAGAGAGCGUCCGAUGGCUGCUCUCCAAAAAGAAGUAUCCAGAAGCUAAAAAGAUUUUGGAAACUGUGGCGAGAGUAAACAAAACACACAUCAGUGAAAAGUCCAUGGAAGCUCUGAUGAAUCCCCCGCAACCUACAGCUUCUGUACCUAAUGCUGAUGCACCUGGUUUAUUCCGUUCCGUGAUACGCUCCCCAGUGUUGCUUCGAAGGGUGUGCACAACCCCUUUUUGGUGGAUCACGAUGACCUUCGUCUACUACGGGUUGUCCAUCAACUCCACGAGUCUCUCUGACACCAUAUAUCUGAACUACAUCUUGACCUGCGCCAUUGAGAUCCCUGGCUUCUACACUGCGGUGCUUCUGUUGGACAGGAUCGGUAGAAAGAUCACUUUGUGUUCCGGGUUCUUCUUCAGUGCUGCGUGCAACAUCGCUUUUGUCUUUAUUCCUAUGGAUAUGACAGUUCUGCGAUUGAUAAUAUAUCUACUGGGGAAGUUUGGUAUCUCGAUGGUGGUGACGUCGAUAUAUCUGUACACGUCGGAGCUGUACCCCACUGAGUACAGGCACACGUUCUUGGCCUUUUCGUCCAUGAUCGGUCGGAUCGGUUCCAUCACGGCACCUCUAACGCCUGCCUUGAUGACGUAUUGGCACGGCAUCCCGUCGAUGUUGUUCGGCUGCAUGGGCGUCGUCUCCGGGCUGCUGGCGCUCACGCAGCCGGAGACCCUGGGCACCAAGAUGCCCGACACCCUGGCUGAAGCCGAGGCGAUCGGAACACCUGGAUCUAAAAUAAAAUACACAGUCACAGAAUAGCAUUAAAAUUUAAUUUCUUAACAAUAUCAAGGUUUUUUAAUAUUUGACUAAUAAUAUUGAAGUCGAAAGUCAAAGUUCAUUUAUUUCAAUUAGGCUUAAUUUACAAGCACUUUUGA